AUGACGACUGAACGAGAUCGCACAAUGCAGCCCCUGAUGAAGGUGGCGGAUGCCGAGCAUGAGAGUAUGUACGGUUACAUUUAUACCGUCUCUGGUCCCGUGGUGACUGCCCAGAACAUGGCUGGAGCGGCCAUCAUGGAGCUGGUGCGUGUAGGACACUCAGAGCUAGUCGGGGAGAUCAUUAGGCUGGAGGGAGAUACCGCCACCAUCCAAGUCUACGAAGAUACCUCUGGUGUUACCGUGGGCGACCCUGUACUGCGAACAAAGAAACCACUGUCUGUGGAGCUUGGGCCUGGUCUCAUGGGCAGUAUUUAUGAUGGUAUCCAGCGUCCUCUGGAAACCAUCAGUGACCUGACACAGAGCAUUUACAUUCCCAAGGGUAUCAAUAUCCCAGCCUUGGACAGAAACAAGCAGUGGGAGUUUGAGCCUGUCAAUGUUCGGGUAGGAAGCCACAUCACCGGAGGAGACAUCUUCGGCAUGGUUCGUGAGAACAUCUUGGUGAAACACAGGAUCAUGUUAGGCCCCAAGUUUAUGGGAACUGUUACCUGGAUCGCAGAUCCUGGAACCUACAACUGUGUGGAACCUGUCCUAGAGACAGAGUUUGAUGGAGUCAAAACCAAACACAGCAUGAUGCAAGUUUGGCCUGUCCGACAAAUGCGGCCGGUGACGGACAAACUGGCAGCUAACUACCCUCUGCUGACUGGUCAGAGAGUGUUGGAUGCACUGUUCCCCUGUGUGCAGGGUGGUACUACUGCUAUCCCCGGGGCUUUCGGUUGUGGCAAAACUGUGAUCUCCCAGUCUCUGUCCAAGUUCUCCAACUCGGACAUCAUCAUCUACGUGGGUUGUGGAGAGAGAGGAAAUGAGAUGUCUGAAGUAUUGAGGGAUUUCCCUGAGCUCACCAUGGAUGUCGAUGGCAAGCAGGAGAGCAUCAUGAAGAGAACAGCCCUGGUGGCCAACACUUCCAACAUGCCAGUAGCUGCCCGAGAGGCUUCCAUCUACACGGGCAUCACCUUGUCUGAAUAUUUCCGAGACAUGGGUCUCAAUGUGUCCAUGAUGGCCGACUCUACGUCUCGUUGGGCCGAGGCUUUGAGAGAAAUCUCAGGUCGUUUGGCUGAGAUGCCCGCUGAUUCUGGCUAUCCCGCCUACCUGCCCGCCAGAUUGGCUCACUUUUACGAAAGAGCCGGUCGUGUAAAGUGUCUGGGUAACCCAGGACGUGAAGGAUCUGUCUCCAUUGUGGGAGCUGUGUCGCCCCCUGGUGGUGACUUCUCAGAUCCUGUGACCACCGCCACCUUGAACAUCGUCCAGGUGUUUUGGGGCUUGGACAAGAAGUUGGCCCAGAGGAAACAUUUCCCGUCUGUGAACUGGCUCAUCUCUUACUCCAAGUACGAGAGAGCUCUGGACGAGUUCUAUGAGAGGAAUUACCCAGAGUUUGUUCCCCUGAGAAGCAAGUGCAAGGAGAUCCUGCAAGAAGAGGAGGACCUGUCUGAGAUUGUACAGUUGGUCGGCAAGGGUUCCUUGGCCGAGUCUGACAAGAUAACACUGGAGGUAGCUAAGCUGAUCAAGGAUGAUUUUCUACAGCAGAAUGGUUACUCUCCUUACGACAGGUUCUGUCCCUUCUAUAAGACAACCGGCAUGUUGAAGAACAUCAUUGCUUUCUACGACAUGGCCCGUCACGCCGUGGAGACGACUGCCCAAAGUGACAACAAGGUCACCUUCGCCAUCAUCAGAGAACAGAUGGGGGACAUCAUGUACAAGCUAAGCAACAUGAAGUUCAAGGAUCCCUACAAGGACGGCGAGGCCAAGAUCAAACAAGACUACGACGAGCUUCAUGAAGAAAUGCAGCAGAAAUUUAGCAACCUUGAUCUGUAA